UUACGUUAUAAAGCUCCCUACUCCUCUCUAUUUCUCCCCCUGCUUCCUCAAUUUAAUGUCACGAAAAAAAUAUAGCCGUUGCUAAUAAUCAGAAAAAGAAAAAUCCAGCAAAAGCUUCAUGUAUUUGCUAUUUAUAUACUUGUUUUUUUUAUCCUUUUAGCUUCAAGUCAGUGAUUUGGUUCCAUUUCUGAGCAUUGUAACUGUCUCGAGAAAACGAAUAACAAUUUCUGUGUUUUUCUUUUCUAUCUUAUAAAAAGAAAAUUCAUCAUUUCCUUUGCUUUUUUGAGCCAUUUCUUAAUUAUUACUAUUCCAUUCUCACACGCUUUGGAUGCUACUUUAGCUAGAGAAAAUAAUCAUAACAAUUUGCAUUUUCACCUCUUUGGCCUUUGUUCUCACAUUCUCUCCCUCUCUGGGGUUGGUGAGUGAAAAAGGCAGAGUUUUGAAGUAUUCAACUGAGCAAAAGAAGUGAACUUGGAAGCAGAAGAGGUUUUGAGGAGUGCAGAUCUAGAAACCGAGCAGCUUAAUACCAAUAGAGGUAAGGAGGGGAACCAGGAAAAUAGCAGAAACAGCUCGUUUUUUGCUUCAAGUGUUAGGUAAGAGAGAGAGAGAGAGAUGGAAGCUUUGCACAUUUUCUCUUGGAUUUGCUUCUUGGGUUUGGUUUUGUUUCAAGGAAAUGCAGACCUAGUUGAAGAUAAGCAAGCAUUGCUUGAUUUUGUUAACAACCUGCGCCACUCUCGUUCUCUUAACUGGAAUGAGACUUCUCCGGUUUGUAAUAACUGGACAGGAGUCACUUGUAACGCUGAUGGCUCUCGGAUAAUAGCUGUUAGAUUGCCUGGAAUUGGAUUGCAUGGCCCUAUUCCUGCCAAUACUAUUAGCCGCCUCUCAGCUUUGCAGAUUUUGAGUCUUAGAUCCAAUGGUAUCAGUGGUCAUUUCCCUUCUGAUUUCUCUAAUUUGAGAAACUUGUCGUUUCUUUAUCUUCAAUACAACAACUUCUCUGGUCCAUUGCCGGUGGAUUUCUCUGUUUGGAAGAAUCUAAGUAUAAUAAAUUUGUCCAACAAUCGAUUCAAUGGGAGUAUUCCUAGUUCGCUGUCGAAUUUGCCUCACCUUGAGUCGUUGAAUCUUGCAAACAAUUCACUUUCUGGUGAAAUUCCUGAUCUGAAUUUGCCUAGCUUGCAACAGGUAAACUUGUCCAACAAUAAUCUCACUGGAGGUGUUCCAAAGUCUCUAUUAAGAUUCCCGAGUUCGUCUUUUGGAGGUAACAACAUUUCUUCUGAAAGUGUCCCUCCUCAGACUUCCCCGUAUGUUGCACCCUCUUCUGAACCAUAUCCGGCAUCCAAGAAGUCUGGGAGGCUUGGUGAAACUGCAUUGUUAGGAAUAAUAAUUGCUGCUUGUGUUCUGGGGAUCGUGGGUUUUGCAUUUUUGUUAGUUGUUUGCUGCUCAAGAAGAAAGAGUGAUGACGUGUAUUCACGGAAGCUGCAAAAGGGAGAGAUGUCACCAGAGAAAGUGGUCUCGAGGAGUCAGGAUGCAAAUAAUAGAUUGUUCUUUUUUGAGGGUUGUAACUAUACAUUUGAUUUGGAAGAUUUGUUGAGGGCUUCUGCUGAAGUAUUGGGGAAGGGGACUUUUGGUAUUUCUUAUAAGGCAGUGCUAGAGGAUGCAACCACAGUGGUGGUAAAGAGGUUGAAGGAGGUUAGCGUUGGGAAGCGGGAUUUUGAGCAACAGAUGGAAGUGGUUGGAAGCAUUAGGCAUGCGAGUGUGGUUGAGCUGAAGGCAUAUUACUACUCAAAAGAUGAAAGGCUGAUGGUUUAUGAUUAUUACAAUCAGGGAAGCGUUUCUUCCAUCUUACAUGGUAAGAGAGGAGAGGACAGAAUCCCUCUAGAUUGGGAUGCCAGAAUGAAAAUAGCAAUUGGGGCAGCAAGAGGCAUUGCCCGCAUCCAUAUGGAAAAUGGUGGCAAGUUUGUCCAUGGCAACAUAAAGUCCUCAAACAUCUUUCUCAACUCUGAACAGUAUGGUUGUGUGUCAGACCUUGGUCUGUCAACUAUAAUGAGCCCACUAGCCCCUCCCAUAUCCCGUGCUGCUGGUUAUCGUGCCCCCGAAGUGACUGACACCCGGAAAGCUAUGCAGCCUUCUGAUGUCUAUAGCUUUGGUGUGGUCCUACUGGAGCUCCUUACUGGAAAAUCCCCAAUCCAUACUACUGGUGGUGAUGAGAUUGUCCACUUAGUCAGGUGGGUUCAUUCAGUAGUUCGAGAGGAGUGGACAGCUGAAGUUUUCGAUAUUGAACUGAUGAGAUAUCCAAAUAUAGAGGAAGAGAUGGUGGAGAUGUUACAAAUAGCAAUGACAUGUGUUGUGAGGAUGCCGGAUCAGAGACCUAAAAUGCCAGAACUAGUUAAAAUGUUGGAAAAUGUCCGGCAUAUUGAAUCUGAGAAUCGGCCAUCUUCAGGAAACAGAUCCGAAAGCUCAACACCACCAGCAGCAGUGAUAAGGAGAGAAUCCUAGUCUCGCAAGGAGUCACCAUAUCCCUCUAUUAGAGUCUUUUUCAAUUCUUUUUACCUAGUUUAGUGGUGUAUUUUUUCUAAAAAAAAUUCGUUUUGCCUUUUCCAUGAACAAAUUCUGUUGAGACUUGUAUCACCCGGAUCCUGUUAAGUUAGAGUUGGGAGGUUAUGCAUUGGUGAAUCACUCUUCUUUUGAUG